AAGGCAGCGCAUGCAGAUUGGAAUGCGAUGGCAUGCAGUGGCAUUGAGUGCGUUGGUAGCUUGCAUCAGCAUGUUGUUUACCUCUAAAGGCCAAGGAGUCCUUGUGUACCUCAACUUCCCAGCCUUCCUCUGGUUUGGAUUUGACACUCCAACGCAACCCCAUCUUGGCUGCUUUCCAGGCUUGCCUCACACGUCGAACCACUACAUAUCCAGCACCAACGACGUCACCCUUGGCUUGUGGUACACACAAGCAUCCCACGUGUCAUCGAACAAACUUGUUUUGUAUCUGCAUGGCAAUGGCGAACACCGCGGGAUGUCUGUCAGUGUGCUCAAGCACGGGAUAUACGCCAAUCCUCCAUUUCACGCAGACAUCCUCUCCGUGGACUACCGAGGCUUUGGUGAUUCGACGUUUACUUGGCCGACAGAACAAGGAUUGUACGAUGAUGCACACGCUGCCUUCAACUAUGCCAUUUCAACACUGGGAUUUGCACCCCACCAAGUUGUCGUCCAUGGAUAUUCCCUUGGGAGCGCCGUAGCCAGUCGUUUGGUGUACGACCUUUGUCAGAACUCGACGUGUCCAGCUGGGUUGUUGUUGGAGGCUCCAUUUUUGUCAAUACCAGACAUCGUGUCCGACUAUAUUCUGGGCGUGAACGUCCCUUCGUGGCUGCUGAACCUGUAUCACCGGUUCCCCACAAAGACAAUUUUGGGAAAUAUCCCCAUUCCCACUUGGAUAGUCCACGGCUCCCUUGACAGCGUUGUACCGUUUCGACACGGCCACACGUUGGCCACCAUGUUCCCUCAUAGCACGAUGGGAUUUUGCCCUGUUCCUGGCGCCCGACAUAUGACAUCGUUUGACUUUGACGAAGCCCGAACAUGUGUGAUGCGCACGUUCUGGUCGAAUAUUUGGACACAAUGCUACCGCCAGACUGCCAUGGCCCGCUUCCGCAGAGCUUUGCUGCAAGAAACACUGUACCACUGUCCACGACUUGCUAUUUAAUACUAACGUUAAGCUUAGUUACUGCGCUGAAGCAACAACUAAUGUUUAUGUGUUGAGGCACAACCAGAUCGCACUAGGGAUUGAAUACUAC